UCAGGCAUUGCUGCUCCUGCUCAGACUCACACAAUGUCCGUCUCCUAGGGUUGAUAUUUGCUUUAGAUUCUUUACAAUGUUGCCAUGCUUUCUUUUCUGUAUAUCACCAUUGUUUUGUUUGUGCUGUUUUCUGAUGUUGCCUCUCGGAUUUUUGUGCCCUUCAGUUUGUGUAUGUGUAGACCACCAUACAAUAGACUGCAGGGACCAAGGGCUCCCAAGUCUUCCUAACUCGUUUCCUUUAGACGUACGGAAACUCCUGGCCGCCAACAAUCAUAUUCAAAGCAUACCAGCAGAUCUGUUUUUAUAUUAUGGAGAUCUUGUAUACUUGGACCUCAGGAAUAACUCAUUGACCGCACUCGAAGAAGGCACCUUCAGCACUUCUUCCAGGUUGGUGUUUUUAGAUUUAAGCUACAACAACUUGACGCAACUUGAUGCUGGGAUUUUUAAAUCUGCAGAAAAACUCAUUAAGUUAAACCUAGGGAAUAAUAACCUUUCCGAUGUGCAUGAAGCUGCCUUUGCAAACUUGGAAUUACUCCAAGUUUUGGAGUUGAAUGACAAUAACUUACAAAGUUUAAGUGUUGCAGCCCUAGAAGCCCUUACGUCGCUUCGGACUAUCCGUUUGGAGGGUAACCCUUGGACAUGUGACUGUGACUUUGCCAAUCUCUUUUUUUGGAUUGAUGAAAAUUCAAAUAAGCUUCAAAAAGGCGUAGAAGAAAUUCAGUGCACCUUAGAUGAACGGAAAAUCUUCCUACACGAGCUGUCUGACAUCAGUUUCAGCGAAUGCAAAUUCAGCUUGUCAUUGACAGACUUUUUAAUUAUCAUCUUUUCCGGAGUCGCUGUUUCCAUUGCUGCUAUAUUCUCGAGCUUCUUCUUGGCUACAACAGUUCAUUGUUUCCAUCGAUGUGCACCCAGCAAAGAGGAAGAUGAUGAAGAUGAAUGAGGAUCUCAUUGUAUCCUAAGUAGUCAAAUGGACACAGCAUUUACGAAAGUGUUAACGUGCAAUAGAUUUUCUUAAAGGAGCUUUUAGGUUAAAUUAUACCUUAAGUUUAUACGAAUGACCAAACUUUUACAAUUGAAUUUUUUUUUUAUUAUAGAAAAGCUUUUUAGGUUCCUUAUUGUACUUUAUCCUAAGUUCAAUUCACA